GCUCUGCAAAAUAGGCAUCAUUUCUUCGGAAAGCGACCGCCUUCAAACUUUCCAAAUUUCCCCAGAGAUCAUUGGACUCUUUUCUAUGUCGACAUCAAGUAUCAAAAAUUUGUAUGGUUGAAUUCACUUAGAGAUACUACAGAAGUGCCCAGUGUUACUCUAAAACAAAUUAAGAGCUGGUUUGAAAAUACUUUAUUGCCUGCCAUGGGCCUGAACAGUGCUACGAAUUGGCCUCUCGAUGUUCCAGCAGAUAUUCCUAAGCAGCAGAAUGGGAUUGAUUGUGGCAUUUUUGUAAUGAAGUAUGCGGAUUGCCUUACACAUGCCAAUUGCAUUGGUUUCCCCUUUUCUCAAAAGGACAUGCCUUACUUUCGGAAGCGUAUAUUUCUUGAUUUACACAAUCAAAGAAUACAUGUUCCUGAAAGAGCAAAGCAGAUGGGAUGAUUUUCUAAUCAAUGAUCAUUUUUUUUCUCUUCUAAUACUUGUAAUGGUCUUUUUCCUUUGUUCUGAUACCAAACUGCAGAGCAAAGCUGAUGGGAUUUUUUUCUA